AUGAAGGAUUUAGGUCUUCUUCGCUACUUCUUAGGGAUUGAAGUUGCCUAUUCUCGUAAGGGUUAUCUUUUAUCUCAAUCCAAGUACAUUGCAAACAUUCUUGAGCAAGCUGGUCUCUCUUAUACUCGAGCAGUAGACGGUCCUUUAGAGAUGAAUGUGAAAUAUGUUCCUUCUGAUGGAGUUCCUCUAUCGGAUCCUACUUUGUACCGUACUUUGGUUGGAAGUUUGGUCUACCUUACUAUUACUAGACCCGAUAUUGCUUAUGCAGUGCAUGUUGUUAGUCAGUUUGUUGUUUCUCCCACUACAGUACAUUGGGCAGCCGUGCUUCGUAUUCUCCGUUAUCUUCGGGGAACUCAAUUUCAGAGCCUUUUGUUUCCGUCAUCCUCUUCCUUAGAAUUAUGUGCUUACUCUGAUGCUGAUUGGGCUGGUAAUCCUACUGACCGUAAGUCUACCACAGGUUUUUGUAUUUUUCUUGGAGAUUCUCUUAUCUCUUGGAAGAGUAAGAAACAAGAUAUUGUUUCCCGCUCUUCUACAGAAGCUGAGUAUCGUGCUAUGGCAUCUACCACUACUGAAAUAGUUUGGUUGCGUUGGUUACUUUCUGAUAUGGGUGUGACUCUUUCUGAACCAACUCCUAUGUAUUGUGAUAACAAGAGUGCAAUUCAAAUUGCCCACAACUCUGUAUUUCAUGAACAUUGCUGA